AUGGCCGAGAUAGAUCAUCGGAUGGCUUCCAUCAAGCCCAGGUUGAAGUACAACACGAUCGGUGGUGUCAAUGGGCCUCUGGUCAUUCUAGACAAUGUCAAAUUCCCCAGAUACAACGAAAUCGUCAGUCUAACGUUACCUGAUGGGUCCUCGCGGUCUGGUCAAGUUCUGGAGGCAAGAGGCAACAGAGCCAUUGUGCAGGUGUUCGAAGGCACUUCCGGCAUUGAUGUCAAGAAGACGAAAGUCGAGUUCACGGGUCACAGUCUGAAGAUUGGCGUCUCAGAAGACAUGCUGGGGCGCAUCUUCGACGGGUCAGGAAGAGCCAUCGAUAAGGGCCCCAAAGUGCUGGCAGAGGACUAUCUCGAUAUCAAUGGAAGUCCCAUCAACCCCUACUCAAGAGUUUACCCCGAGGAAAUGAUCUCGACAGGCAUCUCUGCCAUUGACUGCAUGAAUUCGGUCGCUCGAGGCCAAAAGAUCCCCAUCUUCUCCGCUGCUGGUCUGCCUCACAACGAAAUCGCCGCUCAGAUUUGUCGGCAAGCUGGUUUGGUCAAGCAACCCACGAAGGGUGUCCAUGAUGGCCACGAGGAAAACUUCAGCAUUGUCUUCGCCGCCAUGGGUGUCAACAUGGAGACCUCGCGUUUCUUCACUCGGGAUUUCGAAGAGAAUGGCUCCAUGGAACGAGUGACUCUGUUCUUGAACUUGGCCAACGACCCCACCAUCGAACGGAUCAUCACGCCUCGUCUCGCCUUGACUACUGCCGAAUACUAUGCUUACCAACUCGAGAAGCACGUCCUGGUCAUUCUCACUGAUUUGUCCGCAUAUUGCGAUGCCCUUCGAGAAGUCUCGGCCGCGCGAGAAGAAGUGCCGGGUCGUCGUGGGUACCCUGGUUACAUGUAUACUGAUUUGUCCACCAUCUACGAGCGAGCCGGUCGGGUGGAGGGAAGAAACGGUUCCAUCACGCAGAUUCCCAUCUUGACCAUGCCCAACGAUGAUAUCACCCAUCCUAUUCCCGAUUUGACGGGCUAUAUCACGGAAGGGCAGAUCUUUGUUGACCGUGGAUUGCACAACAAGGGUAUUUACCCACCUAUCAACGUUCUGCCUUCCCUGUCGCGAUUGAUGAAGUCCGCCAUUGGUGAGGGGUUGACGAGGAAAGACCACGGUGAUGUCUCCAACCAGCUGUACGCCAAGUAUGCCAUUGGCCGUGACGCCGCAGCCAUGAAAGCCGUCGUCGGUGAAGAGGCCCUGAGCGCGGAAGACAAACUCUCUCUGGAGUUCUUGGAGAAGUUUGAGAGACAAUUCAUCGCGCAGAGCCCGUAUGACAAACGGACUGUGUUUGACAGCUUGGAGAUUGGUUGGAACUUGCUCCGUAUUUUCCCCAAGGAGUUGCUCAAUCGGAUCAAUCCCAAAUUGCUGGAUGAGUUCUACGCGAGAAAGGCACAUGGAAAGAAGAGCAACAAGGACACAAGGGACAACGAGGGUGGGAACAAGCAGGUGAAUGGGGAGCCCAAUUUGUUGGAUGACUAA